AUGGACGGCCAGACCACUGGGACCAGCUCUGCUGGUAAUUCGAGCGAUUUCGUUCGCAAAUUGUACAAGAUGUUGGAGGAUCCAUCGUAUUCGGACAUUGUGCGCUGGGGCGAUGAGAAUGACAGUUUUGUUGUACUAGAGUGCGAGAAAUUUACCAAAACUAUCCUCCCCAAACACUUCAAACACAGCAACUUUGCCAGUUUUGUUCGCCAGCUCAACAAAUAUGACUUUCACAAAGUGCGCCAGAAUAAUGAAGAAACAGGGCAAUCGCCGUAUGGGCCUAAUGCCUGGGAAUUCAAACACCCCGAAUUCAAAGCUAAUAAUAAAGAUUCGUUGGACAACAUUCGAAGAAAAGCGCCAGCACCUCGAAAGCCAGCCCAAAUGAAUGAAGAUUCAGUCCCGACCCAGCAGAUCGAUCUGAUGAACUCGCAAAUCAUGGCCCAACAGCAGCAAAUCCAGUCGUUGACCGACCGGAACGCCCAGCUUUCGGUUGAUUCCCAAGUGAUCAUGCAGGAGGUCAUGCGCUUGCAAAAGACCAUUCUUCAACAUGAAAACGUCAUCCAUAAUGUCAUGAACUACUUGUUUACUGUCGAUGCUCGCCACCGCCGUGAUAGUCGCGCCAGCGGUGCCUUUGCUGGUCAAGAUGGCUCAGCUGCAGACGAUCUCCCCGCCUCGCCGUUACAACAAGCAUCCAAGAUUCUCAGUGACUUGAGCUCUUCGCAAUUGCCUCCCAAUCUCGUGAAUUUUGAUUCUUUGAAUGAUCCCACCAAAGCUCAGAUGGUUUCGACGCCUCCGUUAGGCGCUGGCGCACGGAACGGCAUCGCCCGAGGCCCCAAUUCGGCUGGAUCGAAUCCUUCUAUAGGUUUUGUUAAGAUGAAUGGUGAACUGGAGACGGCUGUCUACCCAGUUGGCGCGACCAAUGGUAUUGAUCCAAUGUAUAGCGAACAUGUGAACAAUAUCCCGUACUCAAUUCAACCAAAAGACAUGGCUGCCCCCGAAGCAGUCGCUCCGCAACAGCAACAAAUACAGCGCCCGUUCAACGAGACUCGGAAGAAGAAUACAUUUGUCAACCCAGGCUGGAUCAAACAGCCUAAUAUCUUGCUGGUCGAGGAUGAUGAUACGUGUCGUCAAAUUGGUGGUAAAUUCUUGGGCUCUUUUCAAUGUCAAAUUGAUAACGCUUACGACGGUCUACAAGCUGUCACCAAAGUGCAGUCGGGCAAGAGGUACGAUUUGAUUUUGAUGGAUAUCAUAAUGCCUAAUUUGGACGGGGUAUCUGCAUGCCAUUUAAUCCGUCAGUUUGAUCGCACACCGAUUAUUGCUAUGACUUCGAAUAUUCGCAAGGAUGAUAUUGAACUGUAUUUCCAACACGGCAUGGACGAUGUUUUGCCCAAGCCAUUUACAAGGAAGAGUCUCCUGGACAUGCUUGAAAAGCAUUUGAUGCAUCUUAAAACCGUGCCCACAACAACCAUGGAUCCAGCCUCGGUAACACCCAUGACCACGCAUACCUCGGCGGCACAGUCUAUCAAGGAAGAUAGUUCUCCUGGACAGUCACCAGCUGCAUCUAUGAAUAACUGGCAGUCUCCCGGGCAGCUUCAGGGAAUGUCGCCGGUACACCUCAAUGUCCAACAAGUUCCACAAUAUAUGCAGCCAAUGACUCCUGCGGGGCCAUUUGCAAUUGACCAAAACGGAGUUCAAUAUGCGACUCCAUCAGCUCUCAGUCAACCUCCUCUGCGCCCACAGCACCGAAGACAAGUCUCUGAUAUGUCAAGUACUCCAGAUGCAGCAGGCUACGCCAAAAGACAACGCAUGUACUCAAACCCGCAGAUGAUGCCUCAAAUGGCCGGGCAGCAGAACGGUUAAAUCUUGUCCAAUUUUGGUGUGCGUUUCUCUUGAUAUUUCAUCUCAUUGCAUUGGGAGUGGCAAUCAUAUGGCCUCGUUUUUAUUUUCUUGAGUUAUCUAUCCGUCCUGGAUUAAUGUCUAUUCAUCAGGGACAUAUAAUUCAACCGGACACGGCAGACAUCAUACAUCAUAUCGGCGCAUAAGGCGUUUUUCUGUCUAUUGCUCUCUUAUGAUAUCUCUUUUGUCUAAAAAACGGGCCCGGAAGGGGGGGGGUGGUCCGCGAGUCUUUUUGAUAUAUACCAGGGCAAGUUUUAAAUCAUUGGAUCAUGACAUUCUGGUAUUUUUUUUUAUCAUUCUCUACAAUUUUAAUUUCCGACGGUCAUUCUUUUUUCUAUCUUAUGGCAUGUUCAUUCAACUCCAGAUCAUGAUCAGUGGCAGAGGAAUGUAACAUUCAUCUUCUCUUUCCAUUCAUUUUGACCCCAUUCCGAAGGGUUUCAGGUGAUGAGCCUACAUAGUUUUAUUUGGAUAAUA